AUGGGUCUGUCAAGUCAGCGGUGCGUCCAGCCAGAAAUGGCCGCCGACGCUUCUACACGGCGCUGCCUGUCAUCGUGUUCGCCGUCUACGAGAAGGUCGUUUGGUAAGGACGCAGUUGCUAACUUGGCGUUCAACCCGACCGACGAGUGGGCGCUCCAAUUCCAGAAACAACCUGCGCCGUCCACGGGAUACAUGUAUGCCGUCGCGAUUGACGAGUACACGGCCAGCGUUGAAGCCAAGUUCGGUCGGCGGUCAGCGUCUCCCAUACUCGCAUCUCGUCGACUCACCGUGCAUUAG